AUGCGAGAGAAGAAGCUCGCCACCGUGCCUCCCUGCAUAAGAGAGAAUGAAUUUGAAGAGUAUUUAGCAACUGACAACAUACUUGUAGAUUUCUUCAAUGAAUUUUUGAGUCUCCCAACAUUUGCAGAACCAAUUCAAUUUAAUUCUGAUUUUGGAAUUUUUGAAGUUGCUAGUGAUGUCCCACAGUGCAUGGAAAACCAGCUAAAACAAAUGCUUCGGGAACAGAAACCUCGAAAUCCCAUUUAUGAUGUUACAAGGCAGACAAAGAUACAAACCUCUUUUUCUAAAGAUAUUAGCACUCCCCCUUCCUCGGCCUUCAGUUUUAAUCCAAAUUAUUCAACCAUGAGUCUGAACCGAGAACAAGCUAUUGAAUGGAUUAAAAAGAAAAGAUUUCCAGCAUUUUUAGAGAGUGAUUGCUACUUUGAAUACAGAUUAGCUAAACUUAUUUCACAGGUGGAAUGGAGCAAAACUGGGAUCAGUUUUGUUAUAGACAAAACCUAUUAUCCUUGGUUCUCAAAAAGUCCACCCUCCAUAGAAAGCCCUGAGGAAAAUGAAGAUGACUUGAUUAUGAAAAGGUUCUACGUUUCUCUUGGCCAGGCUACCGUUACUCAGACACAGGAUUGGUUUACUCUAGCCAAGCAAAGUCAGAACAUGAUCACUACUGAUUCCAUUACUCGUCCUGUGACAUCUUCUCAUGUUCGUUUUUUAACUGAUCCUCCAAAGUCAUUGUCUAUAUGUGAAGAUAUAAAGUCUCAAGAACUGUAUAGCUCUUCAUCCAUUGUUAAUGCUGGUACUUGCAGUGGUCACUUAGGAUUUGAAUCCAGAGUUAAGAAGAAGCCCAGCUUAACUGAUGUCCCACUUCUUCAGAAGAUAGAAGCCAGAAGACACAGAGAUGAGGGUUAUUCUUUGUCACUUCCUGAUACUCCUUCACGCACAUUAUUAAGAGCCUACUUAGGACAAGACUGGGAUCUUACCCCUCAGGAGGGGAAGAGUGAAGACUUCAUCCAAUAUCAAGAAUUGGCAUCUUUUCACACUUUGGAUGAGUUUUCUUUCGCCUAUGUUCAAUAUAUACUAAAAAACUCUGUUGCAGUAGUCACUGGUCAGCCACCUGAAGACAGUCCUUCUGACAUCAAUUUCAGUAAAACAACUAGAGUGUUUAUAUAUGAGUUAGCAAGCAGUGAAAAGUCCAUAGAGCCAGUCUUUGAAAAGUCUUCUUUUGUUGAUGGAACGGUUGAUGGAACAGUUGAUGGAACGGAUGUGAAGAGUGAAAUUUCUGAAAAAUCAGAAAAGAACACUGAAACCAGAGCUGCUUGGUGUGCUAGGCACAAGACAUAUGACAUUGGUAACAGACAUGAAUUUGAAAGAUUUAAAAAAUUCAUCAGAGGAACUUUGGGAGAAAAAUACUGGUGGCUUUGGAUAGAUAUUGAACGACUGAAGGUCCUGUACAAUUUUAAAAGGCAGAAAAGACAGCUUGAUCGGAUGAAAAAAUUAUACCUGGCAAGCAAUGGAGAUUAUUACCUGACCUUUGAAGUUCUUUUCAAGCUCAACCUGGUGGAUGGCGAUCAAUGGAACGUGUAUAAUUUAAAGUGCAUUCAGUCUGAAGUAGUGAAACCUUUGCUUCUUUACUGGGGUCCCCGAUUUUGUGUCACUCAUAAAGCUGCCAUUCAGGCCACCGUUACCAAGCUGAAAAUCUGGCAUGCUCGGCAACAGAAACCACGAAUUGAUGUGGAUCCUUUCCCACAGAUGGUGUCCCUGCUACCCCUGAGGCCGAAAUCUUGCAUGCCAAAAAUAACAUCUCCAUGUUAUCAGAGAGGAGAAACUGGAUUAACCCCGACUUUUUCAAAAGGAGCGGUGACGGAGAUCAGUCCCCAAAGAUCUACCAGGCUGUUAUCUGCAGUUCUACCUCAGUGUCAAACUGCUGUUCAGAAAGAUCCUUAUGACUUAAUAAGCUUGGAAAAUAUUAGAAAAAGGCCAGCAACAGCGUGCAGCAAUGUGUCUCAUAUGACAUUUAGUGAUAGAAUGGAUUACCUGAAACCACAACUAGAUCGAAAAUACACCUAUGCAGAAACGAUCCCUGGUAAAAUCGCCCCAGAUUUUUCCGAACUAGGAAGUUCUAAAAUGGAAAGAAUGCUUCAAUCUCUUUACUUGGAGAACAGAGCAGGCUACGUCUUCACCGACUUCUGCGAGAAAUCAGGUGAUAGGCUAUGGAAGAACAGCACAUAUUUUUGGUUUGACCUUCAGGAUUAUCAUCAGCUUUUCUAUCAAGAAACGCUCCAUCCUUUGAAACUAUGCAAGCAAGCACAAUUGCUUUAUGCUAAUUAUAUUGCUCCGUCUGCUACUUUGGAUAUUGGAAUAGAACAGUCUACAAAAAAUGAGAUUUACAAAAGAAUUGAUCCACCAUUUGAAGAUCUUUUUGACCUAGCAGAAGAAUACAUCCUUGCCAUUCUUUUGGUACCAUGGAUGAAGAUGAUAGAAGAAGACCGAGAAAUCUAUGGGAAGGUGGAGCUGGUGGAAGAAAUUCGACAGCUGGACUCAGUGUACUUUAAAAAGCUGCAGGCUUUGCAUGCAGAGGGCAUUUCCAAGAAGGAUGAGGUAAAGGCUUUGGCAGUUGCAGAAGUUCUCCAGAAGUCUGAGUCUAUUCGACUUGUAGAAUCCAUUGAUCAAGACUAUUCUGAAGGUUUCAAAUCAUACUCCAUUAUGAAAUUGCUGAACAACAGGACAGAUUUGGAACAAUUCCGUAUCUUUCUUGAGGAGCAAUCAGCAAGUGUGGACCUCCUGUGCUGGAUAGACAUUGAGCAGUUCAGAAGAAUGUUACACAAAAAUAAAAUACAACGAGAUGAAAAAUCUAAAGACAUUAAAAAGAAAUAUCUAAACAAGAAAUAUUUCUUUGGACCUGACAGCCCAGCUACAAAAGAAGAACAAGAGCAGGUUAUGAAGUCACAUGGAGGCUGGGGGCAAGUACUUCAUGAACACGUUGCUCCUGUGAUCUUGUUAGACGUUCAAAAAUAUGCCCAGAGGAGAUUAGAAAAUAAGUGGUUGCCUCUGUUUUAUACCCGUGAAGACUUGGGAACGUGGAAAACACGAAAGCUACAUAUGGGAGAGGCAGUAGAAGACAUUUUAAUUCAGGAACAGGAAAAGAAACAAGCACCAUGGAAGGCAAGCUGUAAGAAUUGGGUAAUUUCGUCUAAGGACAUAAUUACUUUCCGUAAGGCGCUGAUGAAUCCCAUCACAGCUCUUCAGUUUCAACACUUUGUAUCCCUGAAAGGUGAUUUAUUGGGGAAUGGAGUGAUCUUCUGGCAGGAGGUACAGAAAUACAAGGACCUGUGCCAUUCUCACUGCAGUGAAUCCAUUAUUCAGGAUAAGAUCACAACCAUUAUCAACUGCUUUAUUAAUUCUGCCAUUCCACCUGCUCUUCAGAUUGACAUACCUCAGGAACAAGCUCAAAAGAUCAUUGAACACAGGAAAGAGCUAGGCCCAUAUGUGUUUAGAGAAGCACAGAUGACUAUUUUUGCGCUUCUCUUUAAAUUUUGGCCAAAGUUUUGUGAAUUUCGAGGCAAUUUGAUUGAUGAGGCUAUUUUGCCUUGCUUGGAAAGAGAAAAGAAGAUACAGAAAUUUAAAAAAGCAAGAGAAUUAGAAGAAAAGGCACAAAGGAAGAAAAGUUCUAUUCCUGGGAAAACAAGUUCAGCUACUGAUUCAAAAAUGAGUAUAACUGAAUUUUCACCAUCUCUGAGCUUCUCUGGAUUGGGCCGAGAGUUUUUCUGGUCUUAUUCAAAGUACAUAGAAGCUCUUGAACAAGAAAGGGUCCUCCUGCAGAUUCAAGAAGAUUUAGAGAAAAAAUCAGUAGCAGCAUCUGCUUAUUCAGGUCUUUCAUCUUUCCUCGCUCUGAAAAGUGAUACAGCCAUAAGCUCUGACAAAUUUAGUCCCCCAGCAAACUUCAACACAGCUUUUGUGAAGCAACGUUCAUUCCCACCUAAAGAUACUGCAAACUUGAUCUAUUAUAACCCUAAUUGUACCUAA